AUGGCCGUGGCCUUCCCUCCGAAAGAGAAGCGGAAGCAGAAGCAGAAGCAGAAGCAGAAGCAGCGGAAGAGAGAAAGUGGGUGCCAAAACAUGGAGGAGAUGGACCCGGAGUACAACUUCUACUGGGAGACGAAGCGCUUCUUCGAGAACGAAGAGCUCGACAGCAUGUGGGGAUUGGAAGAGGCAAUGUCGAGCUACUACGAUUCCAGCUCGCCUGAGGGAAGCGGGAGCGGUAAUAGCGGCGGCGGAGGCGGCGGCGCCUCCUCCUCUACCGCGGCAGCCCUGAAGAGCAUCGAGAUGGAGAGGAACCGCCGGAGGAAGCUCAACGAGCGUCUCUACGCCCUCCGCAGUGUCGUCCCUAACAUUUCUAAGAUGGACAAGGCGUCGAUAAUCAAGGACGCGAUCGACUACAUUCAAGAACUGCAAGAGCAAGAGCGAAGGUUGCUCGAAGAUCUAUCGCAUCUCCAGGCGACGGCCGACAAGAAAGAAUCAGCCGCCGGCGGUGCUGACGACUUUGGCCUUUCGCGAGGGAGGAAGAAGAUGAAGAGUACAGCGCCGGCCUCGCCGCCCGUCGAAAUCGUCGAUCUCGGAGUUGCUGAGGUUGGGGAUAAGAUAAUGGUGGUGAGCAUCACAUGUCAAAAGAGGAAGGACACCGUGGCGAAAGUGUGCGAGGCUUUGGAGUCCCUCAACCUCAAGAUUAUUACGGCGAACAUCACCUCCGUUUCCGGAAGCCUCUUGCACACUCUGUUUGUUGAGACUGGCGAGAUGGAUAGCGCUCAAAUGAAGGAAAAGAUAGAGUGUGCAAUUGCCGAACUUGAUGCACUGAGAAGCCCAACGAGUUCUAUGAGCCUUUAGUGCUUAUAAUAGCUUAACUAUUGGAGCAUCCAUAGACACUAUAUCCAUGUCCUCGCUGCCUCCGGCUAGUUUUUUCCUUCUUUUUUUUUUCUUCUCUUUAAGGGAAAGAAGCACUAUAUAGUAUUUAAUAGAGGCUAUCUUGUUGCCCUAAGACAUUUCUAACUUUUUCCACCCUCUUAGUAUAUAAUAGAGGCUGUUGUUACACUUCAUCGAUGCACAUCUAUGUUGGGGCUUAGGGUUUCAAGAUAUUAGGUCUAUUAGGAGAAUAUAUAUAUAUAUAUAUAGCUGUAGUUCCUAUUCUGUCGAGCUUGGUAAUGUAUCAAAAAGCUACUUGUAAUUUAGUUUGAUAAAUCUAUAUGGAUGCUUUUUUAUGAA